AUGGCCAACAUGAACUGGGCUACUAUCGAGCCAGAAACUCGUCUGUAUAAGGGAAAAGAUUUGUUCAGGUGGGACGACACCCCAGGUCUUGAGCACCACUGUGGUACUUGUGCAACUCCACUUGCAAAUCCGCGGGCGAAAACAUCUUGCAUCGGCAAGCAUGUUGAGCCUUGUUACAGGUUCCAUCAACAGCUUCAUUUUGUCGGCAAAUCGCAUGAGUGUUUUGGUUGCAAUUCUUCCGAUGAAACGCAUCACAUCAGGCACAAGGAGAUCUUACGACUUAUCAGGCAGAUUGAAGCCCUAGACGCCAGUUUAACGGGUAUCACCAACAGUCUCGAUACCAGCGGGCUCAGCCGCCGGAGCUCCACCACCAUAACAAGUUCGUCCACGGAAACCAGGUCGGAAACCUUCGUUAGUGAUAUAAAGGCUACGAAAAGAGCGCGGAAAAAGGCAAAAAAGAAUGUCGGCGGAUCGGCGCAAAAGAUACAAGCAGAGGUGUUUCAAGCAUACGAACUGGACUUUGUCAGCGAGGCUAUUCAUUUAAGGGUCAUAGAAAGUAAAGGAGCAUGGCAAGGAACCUACAGCUACGGUAACACAAGGGGAAACUGUAUCAACACAACAGUCCUUGCCGCCAAUCAAGCUUUGGAAGAUGGCGAGGACCUCCCAAAUGACACAGUUGAAGGUUGCACAGUUCCAGGUGGAAAGAAGUUGGAUGAGAUGACGCCUCGACAGAGAAGGAUUCACACCUAUGCAUGGAGGAAGGAAGGCAGCCAGACUCGCAAAUACAAUCCUAGCAUACUCAACAAGUCCAAUAGCAUAUACUGCGGAGUGGAUCCCGAAAUAUUCGUCAGGCUACGCAUCGAAGUCGUCAAUCCUGCAGUCAACUCCAAGAUACGCAAAGAGCUUGUUGCUAAGCUUGUUGCUGCUAUAAAAGAAGAUCUGGAUAUCCAAACAAGAGAGGAUGGUGAGAGUGAAAUGAGAAAAGAAGGUUUCUACAGAUGGGCAGGGAAGACGGCGCUUCAACACAUGGAGCGGACUAGAGAAGGAAUCGAUUGGGCUACUGGCCAAAAGAUCACGGCCAAGGCGGAAGAAAUGCUGGAUAUUGAUACACCAAGGCGGGAAACCUUUACAAAACAGUUGAGUUGUGACAGUUUGGCGGUGAAAAAGUACCUUUCUGCAGGGAAAGUCCCAGCCCUUCCAUCGAUUUCUGUAAAAACUCCUGUUUGGACCAAGACUCUUCGAAUUACCAUUUCACCUGCUUCCUUGGAUGCAGUUGAUGACACACCGACAAAGCGUAAGCCUGAGCGCCCUCCUCUGCCCACUGCUCCAGGAACUACAUUCAUCUUGCAAGGCUGCACCGGACCGCAUGGGAAGCGUAUUACCUAUAGUAAGAUGCUACAGUCAAACAAUGGUUCUUACGGUGUCAUUGACAACAAGGAGAAUAUCUUUCCAGAUACGUGGAAGCCUGCAAAUGUCCCAGCUGAAGGUUUCUUCGAGCACAACGAGAACAACGAUGACGAAGGCUGGAGUAUCGUUGGCUCUGGCAAGAGACGAAACGGGAGUGUACAGAUCUAG